AUGGACGCCUUGCUGGGCAAAGGCACGGCGAAGAGCCGCUUCGCGAAGAUCCGCUCCGCCGUGCGGGACCACGCCGUCGAGGGCACGGCGUCGCAGAAGAAGAAGCUCUGGGACGUGAGCCCCGGCGCCGCCGCGGGCAGCCAGGUGAUCCUCAUCGUCAACCACGGCGACGACGGCGGCCUGUCGACGCCGCACAGCGCCGCGCUGCCCCCGAACGUCGUCGUGGAGACGGUCACGGACAUCGCCGCGGAGGCGUUCGGCUUCGCGCGCGCGUGCGACGUCUUCGCGGACGAGGCCCGCGCCACGUCCGUGACGGACGAGGACGCCUGGCAGGCGCACCUCAAGCAGUGGCGCUCCGGCGCCGCCGCGCGGCGGACGGCCAAGGUCAUCGAGCUCGCGACGCGGGCCGCGACGCUCGCCGACGGCCGCGGCUCCAAGGCCGGAGCCGCGUCCGAGGGCGCGCGCGCGCGGCAGCGCAUCGCGGGCUUCGAGCAGCUCUACGAGCUGCUGGACCAGCGGGCGAACCUCGGCGGCGUCGUCGCGACGCCGGACGCGGUGCAGGCCGUGCUCCGGGGCCUCGCGGCGCACGACUACGCGGACGAGGUCGCGUCGGCCGCGGCCGCCGCGGGCUGGAAGAUGGCCGACCGGUCCAAGGAGCUCUGCUCCCAGCUCCUGCGGGGCCGCGCGCCGGCGCUCUGCGUCGCGCUGCUCCAGCAGGAGGCGCUCCGCCGCGAGGAUUUGAAAAAACAGCGGCCGAACGCGCUGCGGACCGCGGCGAAGCGCGAGGCCUUCGUGGAAUCGCUCUAUUCGUCCGAGGUCCAGCGCCAGAAGACGCUCGAGAACGUGGCCAAGGAGCCGUCGACGAAGGGCCGCCGCGCGUCCGCCUUCGACGUCGAGUCCGCGCUCUUCUGCACGAAGCACGCGCUGAGCGGCUGCCGCCACGUCGUCGGGUUGCUGGGCGCGCUGGCGGCGCGCGACGACGCGGCGAAGCGCGUCGUCGCCGAGAGCGGCACGCCCUGGCUCCUCGCGGCGUCCGCGGGCUACGGCGCGACGGAGCGCGUCGCGACGGCCGCGACGGUGCUGAACGUCGCGCUCGCGUCGUCGUCGAAGGCGCGCGAGUGCCUGUUGAAGCGCGACGCGUCCUUCGAGGACCUGCUGGCGCUCCUCGACUCGUCGACGACGCGCCUGAACAUGCUCGGCGCGGGGGCCGUCGCGACGCUGCUCCGCGAGAGGCGGCACCGGCGCCGCGUGCCCCCGGGCCUCGCGGCCGUCGCGUUCGCGAAAUUGGCGAAGCUCGCGGCGUGGUGCGCGGAGCAGGCGCGGGAGCCCAGCGAGCGCGGCAGCUCCGACUCGGAGGCCGACGACGACUCGAAGUCGCUCGACUCCGUCGUGAACCCCGGCGCGCGCGGCACGGUCAUCACGCCGAAGACGCACCGCGCGACGGAGCUGAAGAAGGCCGGCGAGGCCCGGGCCGUCGCCGCGGCCGCCACGAAGGCCCCGCCGGCGGACGCGGCGCUCAAGCCGCGGCGGGGCGGCCAGAUGCAGCUCUGGGAGCACGCGGCCGAAAAGGCCGAGGAGCGGAGCUUCGACGCGCGCGCGGUCAUCCCCUUGCUCCAGCAGGUCUUGUUCGGCCUCUGGGCCGUGACGGCGUUGCUCCGCGAGCGGGGGCCCGACGCGCUCGCGGCCCUCUACGCGCCGCCCGUGGCGACCUGGGUCGUCGCCGACGGCGAGCGGCCGCGCCAGCGGCGGCGAUCGUCCGCGGCGGGGCGCGUCGACGACGCCCGGGGCGCCAUCGACGCGACGUGGCCCGAGACGCUGCUCCUCGUGGCGACCUUCGACCACCUCGACGCGUCGUUCCCCGCGGAGUGCGCCGCGGCCGCGCUCGCCGUCGCGACGUCCUGGGUCGGCGCGGGGCCGGCGUUGGACGCGGCGACGGCGCCGCCGCGGGCCGCCGUCGACAAGCUCUGCGCCUGCGUCGAGACGUCCUACUCGCUGGAGGUGCGGACCGCGUGCGCUUUGGCGCUCGCGCACGUGACGUCCGCGCCGUCCCAAUCGCUCGCGACGUUCCAGUCGUCGGCCCUCGACGGCGACAAGCGUCUGGUCGCCGUGCUGGGCCUCGAGAUCGGCUCCGCGGCUUUGGACGACGCCAUCUCCGCGGCGCUGUUCAACGUCGCGCUCCACGCGGCCGUCGGGUCGCCGCGGAGCUCGGACGUGCUCGCGGCGCACGUCGCGCUCGUCGCGAACCGCACGAAGGUCCUCGACGAGAGCGUCGAGGUGCGCGCGAACCGGCCCGAGGGCUUCGAGCGCGAGCGCGAGGAGACCGUCGUCGUCUCGAAGCCGAGCCCGCUCGCGCGCCAGGGCGCGAGGCAGCUGCGGCCCGUCGACACGGACGAGGACCGCGAGAAGCGGCGGGAAGAAGAAGCGGCGGCGGCGACGCGGUCCCACGGCCUGCGCCGGGACUGCCUGGGCAUCUGGGCUCUCGCGCGCGGCGACCACGACCGCAAGGUGCUCAACUACCUCGGCGCGCCCGCGACGCUGGCCCAAGUUUUAAACUCCGACGUGCCCCUCUACACGAAAGAAGCCGCCGCCGCGGCCCUCUGGCAGCUCGCCGGCGACGCCGUCGGCGCGGCGACCAUGGGCGUGUCCAUCAACAACGACGUCAAGUCGCGCACGGGCGGCGCGGCGACGAAGGAGAUCGCGCGGCUGAGCGCGGCCGCCGCGAAGCUCGAGGCCGAGGUCCUCUCCCUGGAGACGCGCGUGACGAACCCGGCCUUCCAGCGCAACGUCAGCGAGGCCAUCUUCGACGAGGCGACGCGCGCGCUCCGCGCGAAGCAGGAGGAGGCGACGCGCGUCGCGCAGACGCUCAGCGACCUCAACGCGAAGAUCGACCGCAACGUCGAGUCCAUCGCGGCGGUCCGCGCGGACUACGAGGAGCAGAAGUCGCCCGUGCCCGCGCUCGUGCGCCUGGUCGUGGACCGCGCGGACCGGCGGCGCCACGCGCCCGCGCGCGCGCUCGCGUGCGGCGCGCUGUGCCUCGUCGCGCGCGCGAACGGCAUCCUCUGCGACCAGGUCGCGGCCUACGGCGAGCCGCUCGUGGCCUGUUUAUUAGCCGCGGCCCACGAGCCGAACCCGGAGAGCGGCGCGGCGGACCUGCCCGGCGCGGAGGACGUCUACGAGACGAUGCGGCGCGGCUUCCCCGCGGACUGCGUCGACGACGGCGUCCCGGACGACAAGGUGCGGCGCGCGUCCCGCGGCGAGCUCGCGCUCCAGAUCUGCGCCGUGGAUCUGCUGUUCCUGCUCCACGACACGGACGAGGGCCGCGCGGCGAUCGCGGCGUCGCCCGACGGCGACGCGGCGCUCGAGCUGCUCUGCUGCGAGCUGUUGGCCCACCCGCGCCACUACAUCCUGCGGGGCGUCGGCGCCUUCCGCGCCGCGAAGCUCUCGGCGACGUCGACGCACCGGCGGCUCCACCUCGACGACGCGAACGCGAACAUGUCCUUCGUCGAGGACUUUUUGAGCCAGUGGAACGAGGAGGACAAGGUCAAGCAGCGCGACGUCGAGGCGCGGUUCGCCCAGUCGAUCCUGGCGAACCUCUCCAAGACCGCGGAGGUCCGGUCGAUGAUGUUCGCGCUGCAGCUGUCGCGCGGGUCCCUGGCCCUGCACAAGGUCAAGAAGCGGUCGCUGGAGCCGUCGGCGGCGCCGCCGGACUUUGGCGACGGGACGACGGCGUCCAUCACCGACGCCGAGUCCCUGAGGAACUUCAUGCGGAACCCCGCCAUGGCGCGCGCGGCGAAAAAGUCCGCCGAAAGACCGCGGACGUCCGACGGCCCCGCGCGGCGCACGGUCAAGUCCGAGCCCUUCGGGUCCGCGCGGCCCGACGCGCGCAUCCUGCGCAAGCUCCAGCGGAGCUUCCAGCAGCCCGUGAGCCGCCUGUGGGACGCGCCGCCCAUCGACCACCAGGUCGUCCACGGCGUGGACCUGUCGCCGCCCAAGUCGAAGCAGCUCUACCCCGGGGGCACGCCGAACUUCGGCGCGCCCUUCGGGUCCGUGGCCUCGUCGUCGCGGCCCGGCACGGCGCCCGCGGAGUCGCUCCGGCGGUCGCCGGGCAUCUCGCCGCCGGAGCGCGCCGCGGUGCUGCCCGCGCACGACCGGCGGCGGCGCCCGUCCAAGUCGUCGAUCAUGCGCGGCGACGACGACGACGACCACGGCCGCCGGUCCAUCGCGUCCGACCUGUCGUCGCUGACGGCCCACGCGCGCCCGUCGUCGCCAGUCGCGGAGGCGCUCGCGCUCCGGCCCCGGAGUCCGCUCCGGUCCAGCAACCGCGCGGGCCCGCUCUCCGGCGACGGCACGUGGCGCGACAUGCAGGGCGACGACCGCUGGGGGCCCACGGUGCUCCGCUUCCGCAAGGACGGCGACUUUGGGCACGUCGACCGGUCCGCGGCGAUGGUGAGCAGCCCGCGCGUCGUCCAUUUGGACCGGUGCCGCGUGCGCUUCCACGCGCCGCCGCCGAAGCUCCAGGUGCCGCCGGCCCAGGUCGGCGUGACGGACGUGGCGCCCCAGAAGCUCUACAGCAACGUGAAGAAGGCGGAAGAGCUGAACCGCAAGGCCGAGGGCGCGAUCGCGGGCAUGACGGCCGCGAAGCUCACGGAGGAGGGCUACUACACGCACGACGACGACCUCGGCGACGACGACGCGACGGCGAAGCUCGAGGAGUUCAACAAGAAGGCCGGCCGGGGGCCGGGGGCGAGGGGCCCGCGGCUCUGCAAGUUCGACCGCACGCCCGGGGCGCGCGUCUACAGCGGCCUCUUCCAGGAGUACACCUUCGCCCACGCGCCCGGGGAAAAGACCGCCGACGUCCUCACGCUCGGCGACGGGGGCGAGUCCUACGAGCACUGCUACCUCUACUACCAGUCCCACGUCGUCGCCGAGGCGUCGGAUCCGGGCGUGGCCGUGCCGCCGCGCGCGCCGGGCGCGCUCGGCGAGCUCUGGCAGGCCGCGCCGCCGACGCAGCCCCCGGCCGUGCCCGACGGCGACUCGAACCCGCGGUCCCACAACCCGCUCAUGGACGCGCUGCCGGAGAUGAAGCGCCACGCGCUCGUGUUGUGCGCGUCGUCGGGCGUCUACGGCGGCAUCCCCGCGGAGCCCAUGACCGUCCACGUGAAGCAGCACGCCAAGGCGCCCGAGCCCGAGCCGGAACCCGAGGCGGCGCCCGAGCCCGAGCCGGAGAAGCCCGCCUGGAAGCUCGAGACGUCCAUGUUCGCGCCGCGCCUCAAAGAGGCGGACAGCCGCCAGUUCCUCGACGCGGAGAACGUCCUGGCCAAGGCCCUCGCCUGCGACUGGCGCAUGGUCCUCGCCGAGGACCGCUUCCACAAGUUCGUGCGCAAGAUGGACGAGGGCGUCAAGGGCGGCGAGUCCAUCGACGACGAGCUCGAGGACAUCCGGAAGGCCUUCGCGGGGCGCUACGCGACGGUGCUGCGCCUCUUCGACUACUACUGCGCCUGCUCGUCCAUCCUCACUAAGGCGGCCUUCAGCAUCUCCCAGAACUCCUACAACCUCAUGCUCCAGGAGACGGGCAUCCCCGACGAGACGACGGCGUGCACGUUCGACGAGUGCAAGAAGGUCUUCAUCGUCUGCAACUUCGAGGCGGACAAGAAGAGCGAGCAGAGCGACAUGAACGAGGACAAGGCGCUCAUGCGCUACGAGUUCAUCGAGUGCCUCGUGCGCAUGGCCCACGCGCGCUUCAAGAAGGACAUCGACGACGUGUCCGAGUGCGUCGACGCGCUCUUCGACGACGUCGUCCUGCGCAACGUCACGCCGGAGUCGAUCCUGGACACGGACGACUUCCGGCGGGACCGCUUGUACUUCGAGGAGGUCGAGGACGGCUUCAAGCCGCACCUGAAGCCCCUGCGCAUCGUCUACGACAAGUACGCGAUGCUCAAGCCCGACGGCGGCCGGCCGAGCUUCAGCCUCAUGGAGUGGGUCACGGUGCUGAACGACGGCCGGCUCAUCGGCGACGAACUGACGGUGCGCGAGGCGCGGCUCUGCUUCUUCUGGUCGCGCAUGGUCGUCGCGGACGAGGUCAAGAGCCGCCACAAGUUCAUGACGCUGUCGUGGGUCGAGUUCCUCGAGGCGUUGGCGCGCGUCGCGGACAUGACGAACGUCCCCACGGACGAGAUGGUGGCGGACUGCGGCGCCAUCAACAUGAUCGACUACGAGUUCAAGGUCCAGAAGAUGCUGCCCGAGGAGCGCGAGAAGUUCAGCGAGCGCCGGCCGUCCGCGGACCUCCUCGCGCCGAAGACGCGGCCGCUCGGGAACAAGGUCGACAAGCUCUGCAAGAGCCUCCUCGGCUACAUCUCCUGCGCCCACAACGGCGUCAUCCAGCACGGCGGCAAGCGCGCGCGGCUCAUCGGCACCUACAUCACCGAGGCCCAGUUCAAGGAGAUCAUGUAAAAAGUGGUGUUUUU